GGCGAGGCACCAUAUCAGAGGCUACCACUGGAUACCCGACAUCUCGAUGCUAAAGUGCUGAAAAAGAAGAAGGGUGAUCAUGUUCGAGGCAGAGGUGGAUUGCGUCCAAGUCUCAAAGACUUCCCCACGGAAUGGCUUCCAAAGCGUCAGGAGGACGUGAUGUCUUCUAUACUUCCAUCUCAAUAAUAGAUCGUUUAUUUGGGCGGCCGCUGUCAAUCGGUCCGACAUCAUGAUCACGAGUGUAUGGCGAAUCAUCAUCCGAAAUAUGUUAUAAGCUCCAUCGAUAUCGAUGAACGAGCCUGCGUGCUUUGCUCCCUAUCUUCCCCAUGGCGAAUACAAUUCGUGCGUCUGUAAUUCAAUCCUGCACUGCACGUUUCAAUUUAUCAGAGACAUUGGACAAAUUCGAAAGUCUGACUAGGCUGGCAAAAGAGCGCGAUGGAACGCAGCUCGUUGUAUUUCCUGAAGGCUUCAUCGGAGGCUACCCGAAAUGGUCGACCUUUUCAUGCUUCGUAGGAGAGAGAAUAUCAGAGGGCAGGGACGAGUUCGUCAAGUAUUACAACGCAGCCAUUGAGAUUCCUUCGCCGGCGAUAGAUCGUAUAGCAGAAGUGAGCAAGGCGACAGGGGUUUUUGUGGUCAUGGGGGUCAUUGAGCGUGAUGUCGGGACGCUCUACUGUACCGCCAUAUUCGUUGACCCAGUCGAGGGCCUGGUGGCAAAGCAUCGAAAAUUACUCCCGACAGCAUGUGAACGAUUCAUUUGGGGGCAAGGUGAUGGAAGCACCCUUCCCGUUGUGGCAAAGAAGUUUCAAUCCUCCGUCGAGCCAACACACACCGUCCAUACGAAGAUAUCCGCUACCAUAUGUUGGGAGAAUUUCAUGCCUUUGCUCCGAACUUAUUAUUACUCUCUCGGGACGCAAAUAUAUUGCGUCCCGACGGUCGAUUCGCGUGAGACUUGGGAAAGCUCCAUGCGACACAUUGCAUUCGAAGGACGUUGUUUCGUGCUUUCUGCGUGUCAAUUCGCGACGGAGAAAGAUUAUCCUCCAGACCAUGCCGUUGCAGAUGCUAAUAACCGCAAUCCUGACAAUAUCAUGAUCAAUGGUGGCAGCUUGAUAGUCAGCCCUCUGGGCAAAGUACUCGCUGGUCCCACGAGGCAGCCCGAGGACAUCCUGACUGCAGAUCUUGACCUUGAUGAUGUCGUCCGAGGAAAGUUUGAUCUUGAUACUGUGGGGCACUAUUCUCGUCCAGAUGUGUUUCAACUCAAAGCAAACAUCGAUCCCACUUUGAUUUAGACACUGGGGGCACAGGCUCAGAAAGAGGAGGGGGUUUAACGACGGUCUCUUGUUAUCAUUUCCAUUGCCAUUAUCGUGUCUGUCAAAUUGAUCUAUUGUAAUGAAUACCAUGCCCACUGCAACUCGAGACUUCUUCCCAUUGUAGAACAUGUGGCUCGGGAAUAUUGAUGUGGCCGACGAGGACAAAGAGGCCAAAGCCUUACCAAAGCCACAUGC